AGAACACCUGGGAACGACGAGCCUCUCGCCUUAAUCGGGAAAGGGGCUAUGACCUAGUGUUGGCUAUCGCCCACCAUAAUCUACCCCACCAUGUUGAUCAUCCUCGAGACGAGGUAGCCCGCUCUUGUGUUCAACCCCGUCAUACUCGAAUAUCGAAAUAACUUGACCUUCAACCCCCUUCUCCAUCAAAGUAGCAGUUCUUCAAAGAAAGCGCCAGUGUAUAUUGGGAGCGGAUCGAAGCCGCCGACUAUCCUCGCUCAAACACGGCCCCUGAAUUGGUAGACUCUGCGGUUCCCACGUGCCAGCGGCCUAGCGACCAGCGGCAAUAGCUGUUAGUGAAGCAGAGCUCUAGCUCCUUUCUAGCAUCUCUUCUAGUCUCCAUGAGAAUCUCAUGAGGCGAGAUGCCGAGGCCAAGCUUCUCGGAUCAGCCGCUGUUGCGAGUGUCGAGGCCAGUCUCUGCAUGUUCAAGAUGCCGUGCUGCAAAGGUCAAAUGCGAUGGCAAGCUCCCAGCAUGCACCGCCUGUGAGAAGGCCGGCCGCGAGAACGAGUGUUCCGCCGCGAAUGAUCAGUUUGCCCGGGGAAAGGAACGAAGCUAUGUCGCCGCUUUGGAGAUGCGAAUAGAGAAGCUGGAGCGAAGGCUAGAAUAUGCCCGGUCCCGGAAGGCUUCAGUUGCUAUGCACGGCCCCGAUGCUCGUCCUGCCGCGGAGGGGGAUCGUAAGGACUCUCUGGCAACAAUCCGGGCUGCCAUCCACCGUAAAGCUGCCCGCAGACGAGAAAACUCGGAUGUCAACUCGUUGGUCUCGGAUUUUGGUUAUCUUUCCGUCCACGCGACCACGCGAGACUUCGAGCCUACAGUCAGCAACAUGACAUUCGCUCGCCUGGUCUUGGCAGCAGCGACCAACGACCCCAUCCCGGAACCGAAGGAUGGCAAGCUUCCCCCAAGGCAGACUGCUCACGCCAUAAUACAGUAUUACAUGACAAGCAUCUACAGCCUAUUCCCUGUCUUUCCGGAGACAGUCCUCAUCUCUAUCCUGGACGGCCUCUACCAGCAGGACCAACCGCAGAUCAAAAGCAGUGACUACUGGCUGUUUUAUAUGGUCCUUGCCAUCGGGUCCGCUGCACAAAGCCGCAGCAAUCGAGACGAGUACUAUACUAACGGUGUCGAAUUCGUUUCUCGGGCUCUCCCUUACGCCGAUAGGGCUCUCACGCCAGGUUAUGUCACGCAGAUCCAGUCCCUGCUCCUGUUCGCGCAGUACGCCAUGUUAGACCCUGCACACUUCGAUACUUGGCAUCUUAUCGGCUUCGCGUGCCGUGCAGUUAUCGACCUGGGUUACCAUCAAGAUCCUCCGCAGGCACAAGCCAUGGAUAAGGGUGCUCUAGACUCACGGAGGAAGAUCUUUUAUUGCGCUUAUGCGCUUGACCGGGCUAUCAGCAUGGUCCACGCCCGAGCAUUCUCCUUUACAGAUGAUGCCAUUGCAGUCGAUCUUCCGUCUCCGUCUCCAAUGUCUCAAGUGCCAUCUAUAAGCGGCUCCGUUGCGGAAUUUUCCUCGGCCGACAUAGCCCUCCUCCACUUUCGACUGCGGCGUAUUCAGUCACAUUGGUACCAGACCCUAUUCCAGUCUGACCCUGCAGAUCCCCUCCCCGACUCGACAUCUUUCAUCUGGCAGAUGUGCCACGACAUGCGGGAGUGGGCCGAGUCCUUACCAGACACGCUGCCGGUCGGCUUCCGUGAGCUCUUCGAUCUCGAGCUGCGGUACAGCUACGUGUAUUGCAUCGCACCCAGCGCCCGCGCGCCUCAUCUGACGGCGUACGGGAGGAUCCUGAUCUUCGAGCACGCCAUCGCCUAUCUAGACCGCAUCUACGCCGUCGCCAGCGCCGCGGCCAACCCUGCCCUCUACACGUACCACGACGCCUUCAAGGUCUACUUCAUGGGCUCGCAGUUUGUCGCCGUCCUCCGCGACGCCGGCGACGCGCUACUCUCGGGGGGCAGCAGCCGCAGCAGCAACAGAAACGUCCCCGUCCCGCUGUCUCCGCCGAACGUGGCGCCGCCGCCGCCGCUGCCCCCCCAGCAGCGGCGGUCCGCGGGUGAAGAGGAGGAGGAGGAGGAGGAGGAGGAGGACAACCUGGACCGGAGCGCGCGGUCGCUGGAGAGGGUCGGGCUCGCGCUGGGCAGGUACGGGGAGAGGUGGGAGGACGCGCUCGCGCUCAGGGACAGCUUCGAGAGGUUGUCGGCCGACGUCGCCGACGGGCUCGCGGCGCGGAGGAGGCUGAGGGAUGAGAACGCCGCCGCCGCCGCCGCCGCCGCCGCCGCCGCCCGGGCGGAGGAGGAGCAGAUGCGGCUGCGGCAGAUGGCGACCGGCCACCACCACCACCACCACCAGCAGCAGCAGCAGCACAUGCACGCGGCGCAGAAUCACGCCCGGCCGCAGCAGGGGGUCCAGUGGGCUGGUGUCGAUGUGGCGCAGAUGAUGCAGGGGGGAAACCAAUAUGGGACCUGA